CGUUGAAAUACCUCACCAACCGACUUCGCGAAGCUGAAGUCAUAAAAUCAAGACCCUAAAAUUCUAAACUGUUGAUUCGGUGUUGCUAAUAGUAACAUCAAACACACAAUCUCCCUUCGGACACAGACAUAAAGACCAUCCCAUACGCCAUGACUAUUUUCGACGACGUUGCCGACGUGCUUGAAGAUGCCUUGAGCAAGUGCACUGACGAACCCGAGGAGAAGCCAAAGAUCAAACCUGAGUUCAUCAAGCAUUUUCCAACUUCCGCCAUGACAAAUGGAAUCGAACAGUUCUAUGUGCGGUUGUGUGCGACAAUCUCCGGCUGUAUGUACAACAAACUCUCUAACAUUUCCCAAUUCAACAAUCUGGACCAGGGCUACAAUCUUUCUGACGUCGGACUGACCGAACCCCCGAAGGUUUUACUAUAUGAUAAUCAUGGUAUGUUCGAAGUAACUAACCCACCAUUCUCUGUGACUGUUGCUGGAAAGAAAAUGAUAUUGGCUUGGCGUGGGUCAACAACUGCCAUGGAUUGGGAUCGGGAUUUCGGAUUCUACGUUGCUUCUAGUUUUCGCUGGAAAAACGUGGCGGAUGUUGUCAGUGUGCAAGGCGCUUACUUGGCUUUGGUUGAAAGUUGUAUGUCCAAACACCAAGAUUUCAUCAUUGAGAAAAUCAAAGAACACGGAGUCACUGAAAUAAUGCUCACAGGGCAUUCGUUGGCCGGUAAGUUCAAUCAUACACCUUUCGCAUAGAUAGUCAUAGAUGGCAGGGCGGCAUUUUCSUUACCAAUGACMCUUUGCCUAAAAAGAAAUUUGUGACUAAAGUACUUCGCAUGCCUCUUGCUUCUUUAUGUAGGUGGUGUAGCGCAGGUAGCUCACUUGUGGUUCUCAGGAACGAUGGAUCCAGCCAUUUAUCCCGAACCAAACCCAUGGCGAGAAUUGAAAGAUGAGGUGGGCCUCACAGUUCGUACGAUGUCUUUCGAAGGCCCCAUGACAACCGUGUUUAUAAAAUCUGGUGAUGAAACACUAAACAAAAAGGGGAUCGAUUUCAUCAACAAGUGCAGUGCCAAUAUGUGCACUACUUGUUACCACAUGGACGCCGUGCCAAGAAUGUACGGGUACAACGAUUUUGGAUUGAAAGUACUAGAAAACUUUAAAGAUGAUAUUGGYAACAGUGAUGGAUGGAUCGAAGGCAGCAUUGAGAAAAAAAUUGUUGAGUAUCUUUGGCACAAAUUCAAGGCCUCUUCGAUUAAAAAGUCAAUCGAGCAAUCUCUCAAGGAUGAAGUAAAUGCCGCGUCGCAGUUCCAGMAUCUUGGUCAUGUUCUUUAUUACGAAUCGCAGGAGGCCSAGCCGAAAGUUUGCAUUGACGAUCCUAAUGGCAUUCUCACCACUUCUGACGGGAAAACUAGUACUCUCCCACAAUUCCGUGACAUCAAAUACGAGCCAGUAAACAAGGGCGUUUUGCAAGAAAUGUAUUACGAUCACAUGUAUAUCAUUUUUGGYCCUGGUCUUACUUUAAACUGGCAACCAUAUUUUGAGCAUWAGCUUAUUAUUCACUAAGUGAUGGCGCAAUUGAUCGUGCCCAUAAAGUCAGCUCGUUUCAUGUUUCUAAUCUUYMUCUACUWUCGAUGGCACAAUAAUUUCAACUCCGGAUU